UGCCGAUGGCCUCGGGACCAGUGGGCGGCCCAUCUCCUGCCAGCCCUGAGCGGAGAAGCGGAAGAGGCCUUCCGAGGCCUGGAAGCCAGAGAGCAGGAGAACUAUGAGAAGGUGAAGGCCGCCAUCUUGCGGGCGGAAGCCCUGAGAACGGAGAGGCAGCGGCAGCAUUUUCGGCAGUUCUGCUGCCAAGUGGUAGAGGAUCCCCGGAGGAUCCACAGCCAACUCCGGGAGCUUUGCCGCCAGUGGCUGAAGCCGGAGAGACGCACCAAGGAGCAGAUCCUGGAGCUGCUGAUCCUGGAGCAGUUCCUGGCCAGCCUCCCACCGGAGCUCCGGAGUUGGAUCCAAGCCAGGAGGCCGGAGUCCUGUUCCCAGGCGGUGGCCCUGGUGGAGGACUUCCUGAUGAGUCAACAGGAGGCCAAGACCAGGAUAUCUCAGGGGUGUUUAAAGGAAAAAAACGUGGAUUUCCUACCGGCCGUUGCAGAGACAGAGGCCCCGAAUGCCACAAAGGGACCCAUCUACAGUGAAACAGACCCCGAUGGCGAGGCCAAUUUGCUAGGCAGCGGAGGAAAAUAUCCAAGUCUCUCUCCUUUGCCAUUUCCUCCUGAAGGAGAAGAAGUGGGCCAGACUAGUGGGAAAGAGGGAUCCAAGGAUCUCAAGGAACCCGGAGGGUCUUUGCAGAUCGUGAAGCAGAGCGUGACCCAACCGGGCCAGCAGACGAUGCUCUGGCAUGUCCUGCAGGAGGACGAUGACGCAAAUACAGAUAUUUUGGGGGACGAAAUGGGAGAUUACAUCAAGGUGGAGAUUCCUCAGUGUGGAGAAGCUGAAGGAGAGGAUAGCUCCAGGAUGGGGUCCCAGAUCAGCUACAACCAGGUGCCUGUCAAACAUGAGAGGCUGGAAGGACGCUCUGAGUCACGAGAGCCCCAGGAUGGAUCGCCCCUCGGGGCGGGAAAGGGAUGUUUUGAGCUGGGAGAAGUUCCUUGGAAAAGAUACCAGAGAACUGCCGUUCUGAAUUCCUCCCGUUUUCCUAGAGAGGCCUCUCAUGAGAUCCCGGUCGCCUUCCCAGGCCACCCACCUCCAGCCAAGAAGCCCCGGAGCGGUCCGGAGCACAGCGUGGUGUGGGACCACUUUGAGUUGGAUUCCGAGGACCCCUGCUACGGCAUCUGCACCCACUGCAAGAGACGGGUGAGCCGCGGCAAGAACUCCAAACAUUUUUCAACCUCUGGGCUGCUGAAACAUCUGCAGAGGCAUCACGGCAACAUUGUUCUGGCUGCCAUCGCCACGACGCAAGCCAUGUUGCCGACUAGCAGCAAGCCGAACGGACCUGUUCUGAUGCCAAGUGCUUUGCCCCAGUGCUGGACGAAGCAGAAGUCGCCCGGGAAAAGGCAGCCGGGUCCAAAGCCAUCGGAAGUGACCCGUGCUAUCGCCCAGAUGAUGGCUCUGGAUGACCAGCCCUUCAGCCUGGUGGAAGAGGCAGGUUUCCAGCACCUCCUGAAGUUGCUUGCCCCCAACUAUAAAAUCCCAUCCUGUACCACCUUCAGCAGACAGAUUGUGCCCUCCCUGCAUCAGGCCUGCAGGGAGGAGGCCUUGGGGAUGCUUCAAACCCCAGGACCUCCUGCCAGCGUGAACAUGAACUCCGAUGAAUGAAUGGGAGCCUGUUUUCUUCCUUCCUUUGAUCUUCCGUUGCUCCCUGUGAGCACCUGUAGGGGGCCAUUGCUGGUCGGUGGUAGCGUAACCCAUUUUAAUUCACCGAUUAAAUCCAUCCUUCCCAGAAAACCGAAAUAAUUGACAUGCCUGUCAGCAAAACUUAGAAAGGCAAUGAAAACACAAUGUGAAAUAAACCCUACAAAAAAAGGUUAAACCCUUGGAAAUGAAUCAGUUACAGUGCCAGAUAUGAAGGCCUGUUGAUCAACUGGUGGCAAGCACAGUAGAAGCGUGCCAAAUCCUAACCACCCCCCGGGUGCCCAUAUUCUGGGCAAACAGAGAUUAAAAAAAAAUCCCAUCUGCUACUCCAAUGGACAGACCAAGAGUCUUCUACUCAAUUGAGGUAAAAGCUCCCAUCUGUUUUUAAGAAGCUUCCUUAACGGCAGAGUUCAAAAGCGUAAAGAAAAAUGGAGAAUAUUGGGGAAAUAGUGAGUGCCGAACUUAACACCUGAGACAGACAUCUCCAAUUUCUCAGACAUGUUCUGAGAUGCCUUUCUGAUAUAUCUUUAGUCAGAAACAAUUGUCCAAAUUAAAUUACUCAUCAGACUGAAAUGUCAAAUCAUUUAUUUGAUUUCCAUUCUCCUUAAUUGUCUUCUCUCAUUGAGAUUUCCAGACAGUAUUCAGGUGUCAUAAAUGUAGCCAUCACAUUUUGUUGUCUUUAAGGUAACUUCAUCCGUUUCUCCUAUGUUUGGCUUUCAAGCUUUACCCAAAACUUGGGAAGGUCUAAGAGUUAAAAUGGAACAUGAAAAUAAUUCUGAAGCAUAAUGUUUUACUAAAAACAAAAUAACCCUUAAGGUUGGGUAAAUGGAUUGACUGUAGCAAAGUAAACAUCUUUUUAAGUGUUACAAACAUUUUAAAAUUGAAAGUUUAUGUUUCUCAUUAAAGGAACGUUCCAAAGUGUUAACCUUCAAAAAAAUUAAGUGAAGAAAGUCAAAAACUUGUUUGAAGCUUAGUAGAUUUAAUCUAAAACAAUUGGAAAUCUUUUCCAAACUUUCUUUCAUUAUCCGUUUUACUAGAAAAAAUAUUCUUAGAAUUUCUGCAUUGUCUCAUACACGAACCAGCUAAUUUUCACACCUUUUAAUUAAGUUACUUAUUUUAAUCUUUCUGUACAAUACUUAUGAUUUAAGCUUUAGGAAGUCCUUAAUCUCUCUACAUUUCAGUUUUUAGCAUGGAUUCUAUUUUAACUCUUCAUCUUUGAGGUGGAAAAAGAGAAAUUCAUUGUGAAUCUUUAAUGUAAAAGUUCUGGCUCUAAUAGGCUUUGUUCCUCUUAUAUUAAAUAUAUAUAUGUUAGAGAUUUAUAAUAUAAAAUAGAACUUGUAACUGUUCGAUUUCAUGAUUUGCAGAUUUGCCAACCUGUUCAGAAAACAAUACAAACGUAUGAAAUAUAUAAACAUGUCCGUAUUAACAGUACAACUAAGCAAUAUACCCAAGUCCUUACACUUGCAUAAAAAGAAUUAUAAUUUAAUGCUUUAAGUUAAAAUAAGGGGGGGUGGGGGGAACACAAUUUAACAUGCACUAUGAUUUUAUGAGUAAAAAUAUAAAGAAGAAAUUGGGAACCUGUAAUGGGUUAGGUUUCGUUGAGAAGUGUCAGUGAAACAAUAUCACAUGGGAAUUUUUUUUGGAUAUUUUUAAGAGGAUUGCUGUAAAUCUUUGUUUCUGAAACUUACCAAUUUGAAGAUGUGUGUACUUCAAUCCCAGAAUUCCUCAGCCAGCAGUGCUGUCUGGGGAAUUCUGGGAGAUGAAGUCCUUACAUCUUAAAGUUGCCUGAGAAACAGUGGUGUAAACGUUAUGUUGUGAUAGCUUUACUACUAUUAUAAUAAUAGUACAACAGCUUUAUACUUUCUCCCAAGAACUAUCCUCCAUGUUGCUCAGAGUUCCCUACGAAGCCAGUGCAGGAAUGCGUCAAGCUCUCCUUCUGAAAUUUUGCUUGGAAAGCUGGUGGACUAUGUACCGGUGAAUCUCAUAUAUCUGUAUUAAAUAAAGUGAUAUGGUACUAUGUACUGGAGUAAAAGGC